GACCCGAUGAUUCGUUAUAUGAGUCUGCACCGCAAGACCGUAGAAUGGAGACGCCAGGCAGAGCAUAGUGGGCCCUGACACACGUACACACAGAGACAAGCAUCCAUCAGCACAGUGGCAUUCCACAUGUCUGUCUGUCUGCAGCCUACCUACCUACCUGUCGGUGUCUCUGCGUCUCCCGUCUGUCUACUGCACCGCAUCGACCUGCAUCGGAUAGCAAACCUGCCCCGGUCUCCCGUCGUGGACCACAGCCGCCUGUCCAGGCAGGUGAUAGUGCACAUGGUCACUGAACCGCCCCCCGCCGCUGCGCCGAUGCGUCUGCACGGAGAAGGCCGACUGUGAGCUGGUCUGGCUGAAGUCGCUCGAUGCAUCGCUGGUAGGGUCCCAAUCACACGGGUCGUGGUCUCUGGGAGUGCGCAUGCCCGAUCUCCGCGGCCUCACGUCUCCGUAGAAGCGCUGCAUCGUCUUGACAAGGUUGCCGUGCUCAGAGUGGUGGAGAAAAGGCUGCACGAACGGCUUCCGGACCCCGAUGCCAAUGUGGUGAGAUUGAGAGGGGAAUCCCGCGCCGUGUCCAUGGUGGACGACUUGCGGCUGCGAGGCUUGGGCCUGCGGCAGUCUGGUCGCCGUCGCCACCUUUGUACGAUUCCCUGGCUCCCCGAAUAUGGGCGGGAGGUGCGUCGGCGGCCUGGAGUAGACACCGUCACCUUCCUGGUCUCGCUCAAUCUCUCCCGGUAGCUGAAACGUGGCUGUCUCGGUCGGGGUGGAGCUUUUCCAUCCACUGGGGUGGUGAUGGUUGUCGGCAGCCGUGGUGCCGUCAUGGCAGCUGUUUGGCAAAUCGCUGGCCAUGCCGAUGAUGGUGGCGUCGACGACAGAGCCGGGCACAUGCAUGGGUGCGCCCCUCAAGUGCCCAGUAAUGGGCGGCAGCGAGCCAACCUGCGACCCCUCUGCCACAUCAUCCCUCUUGUCUCCUCGAUGGGAUAUGGGCGGGAUGGGCUGCUCAUCCGACGGCUCUCCGCCCGUGUUGUUGGUGACCGUGUUGCUCGUCUGGUUCGCCGCAGCCUCCCCCGAUGAACGGUCUGAAGGCCCCACUGAGGGCCCUGUGGCCUCAACCUCAUCUCGGCUGCCCCGCCGCACACCCGUCUUGCGCAGUCCCCCGACGAACGAUGUGUCUCUGUCUCCAUCGCGUCGUCUUCUGUGUUUGCGGGGCGGGGGCGUGACGAAUGUCCUUGCGGGGAGGGCCUUCCACACCAACAAAUACAGCAGGAGGACGGCCACCCAGAAGAGGGCCCCGCCGAGGUAGCGAAGGGUCUGAUCCGUCGCCCACUGGUAGUCACUCAUGAUGCGACGCAGCUAUGGAUGGAUGGAUGGCUGAAUGUCAGAGGACAACACGAGGGCGGAAUGGGGGAGGAAAGGGGAGAGACGUCCAACAGCCUGUUGAUAGAAGAGCCGAUAGAGGAGCCGAUAGCUCACUUCUAGAGCCUGUUGCCAGUCGAUCAGCCUCGUGGCGCCCGAGAGGGCCUUCAGCAGCGCACGUGGCUCGGAAAAGCGUGACUUCGCAUCUCUCCUGUAGCGUCGCCUGUCCCGCUUCUGCAGUAACGUCUCCAGUAAUGCAUAGUCCAGGAAACAGACCAGAAGCAGCGUUGAGUAGUGUGAUGGUCUCGCCAAGCCGAGUGACUGCCGAGUGACCGUCGGAGGAUGCGGAUGGCAGUGGCAGUUUUUCCGAAUCGGG